GCUCGUGUCGCUGUCAGUGCGCGGAGUCACACGCUUUUUUGCCCGGCUUGGCGCUGCUCAUACCGACGCGCGUGAUUUGGAGCUUUUACCAAAAAUUGAUGAAUACCACCUACAUGCUUAUCGCAUGGACUGAAACUCACGAUCCUGAUGUGAAAAAGGGGAAGAUCCAGGAAAAAGUCGCUUUCUUCAACCCUGACACACAUACAACUCCUGACAUUAUCCAUUUCAAGUGUCACCGGACAACUGUCAGAAGACUUGAGCCAUGCCCUGCGUCCAGGCUCAGUAUGGAUCAUCACCUCAAGGAGCUAGUCCUGCUUCCCAGAGCUACAGCUACCACACUGCAGGAGAAUACAGCUGCGACUUCCUAACACCCGAGUUUGUUAAGUUUAGCAUGGACUUGACCAACACUGAAAUCACAGCCACUACUUCUCUCCCGAGUUUCAGUACAUUCAUGGACAACUAUAACACCGGUUACGACGUCAAGCCGCCCUGUCUCUAUCAGAUGCCCCACUCUGGAGAGCAGUCUUCUAUUAAAGUGGAGGACGUCCAGAUGCACAGCUACCACCAACAGAGCCACCUGCCGCCCCAGUCGGACGAAAUGAUGGCUCACUCUGGGCCUGCUAUGUACUUCAAACCCUCCUCGCCUCACGCCCCGAGCACGCCAAAUUUCCAGGUCCAGCCUAAUCACAUGUGGGAGGAUCCUGGCUCCCUCCACAGCUUCCACCAGAACUACGUGGCGGCCACUUCUCACAUGAUCGACCAGCGCAAGAACCCCGUGUCGAGGCUCUCGCUCUUCUCCUUCAAGCAGUCCCCGCCGGGCACGCCCGUCUCCAGCUGCCAGAUGCGGUUCGACGGGCCGCUGCACGUCUCCAUGAACCACGACAACCCGGGCGCGCACCGCGGCCUGGACGCGCAGAGCUUCGCGGUGCCCAGCGCCAUCAGGAAGCAGGCGGGUCUGGCGUUCCCGCACUCGCUGCAGCUCAGCCACGGACACCAGCUGGUGGACAGCCAAGUGCCGUCGCCCCCGUCCAGAGGCUCCCCGUCAAACGAGGGCUUGUGCGCGGUCUGUGGAGACAACGCAGCCUGCCAGCAUUAUGGAGUGAGGACCUGCGAGGGCUGCAAAGGAUUUUUCAAGCGCACCGUUCAGAAAAAUGCAAAAUACGUGUGUUUAGCAAAUAAAAACUGUCCUGUUGACAAACGCCGAAGAAAUCGUUGCCAGUUCUGCCGCUUCCAGAAGUGCCUUGUCGUCGGAAUGGUGAGAGAAGUUGUCCGAACGGAUAACCUGAAAGGUCGAAGAGGACGCCUACCAUCCAAACCCAAAAGCCCACAGGAGCCCUCCCCGCCCUCGCCGCCGGUGAGCCUCAUAAGCGCACUUGUUAGGGCCCAUGUGGACUCCAACCCCUCCAUGUCUGCUUUGGACUACUCCAGAUUCCAGGCUAACCCUGACUACCAAAUGACCGGAGACAACACUCAGCACAUCCAGCAGUUCUAUGAUCUCCUGACGGGCUCCAUGGAGAUCAUCCGAGGCUGGGCAGAGAAGAUCCCCGGCUUUUCCGACCUACCGAAGCAAGACCAAGAUCUCCUCUUUGAAUCCGCCUUCCUUGAACUUUUUGUCCUGCGGCUGGCUUACAGGUCCAACCCCGUGGAAGGGAAACUUAUUUUUUGCAAUGGAGUGGUGCUGCACAGACUACAGUGCGUCCGUGGAUUUGGAGAGUGGGUGGACGCGAUUGUGGAGUUUUCUUCCAACUUGCAGAGCAUGAAUAUAGACAUCUCAGCGUUCUCCUGCAUCGCAGCUCUGGCCAUGGUAACAGAACGACACGGGCUUAAGGAACCCAAGAGAGUGGAGGAUCUCCAAAACAAGAUAGUCAACUGCCUCAAAGAUCAAGUGACAUUCAAUGGCGGUGGCUUGAAUCGUCCCAACUACUUGUCAAAACUCUUGGGAAAGCUCCCCGAACUGCGCACACUAUGUACCCAAGGUCUGCAGCGUAUCUUUUACCUAAAGCUAGAAGAUCUAGUCCCUCCGCCAGCAAUAAUCGAUAAACUUUUCCUCGACACCCUGCCUUUCUGAGUCUGACUCCAGGGCGAACAACUCAAAGAACUUCCAAAA